AUGGGCUUGCAGGAGGGAGACUCGAAUCUUGCAGAUGAGCUAGUUGCUCUCAAACAAGCAAUGGAAGAUUUGAAAACAAAAAAUGAAAAACUGGAGGAGAAAACUUCAAAUCUCGAAUCAAGGCUAGAGAAGAAAACACCGCAAACGAGUUCGGAGGGAAUCAGCCGAACCAUACUUCCCAGUGGGCAACUACUUGGAUCGUCAUCUCUUGAUAUCAACAGUACAUUCCCUGAACAAAGCCAAAGAGAACAAAUGCCUUGUGAAAUUGAAAUGAUCCAAUCGAACUGCGAUGUCUACUCUUUCUUGUAUUGCGCACCUUUCGCUAGCUUUUCUAUGGUGCUCGGGUCGAUGGUGGUAUGUCUUCAGUUUAGUCUGUUCCUACUUUUCUUGGCCGACCUGCUCGACACACAGAGCCUCCCUCCAGAUGUUGGAAUUCUUGUCCGUUGUACGCAAUUCAUCUGCGUCUUGGUUUGCUUCUUGGCCCAAACUGAUAUUCGCAAUUCGCUCCGGGCACUCCUUUAUUGUGAGGCUACUGGGGUGCUUCGAAAGAGAUUUGUUGGAUUCUCGAUGGGAAAAUUCUUUCUUUCAAAUCUUGUCAUGCUCGUACAAGGAUUGCUCUCGAUCACGGUUGUCACCGCUCUGAUCGUAUAUUCUGACAACGUAUUCGACUUGCUUCUAAACUUCACGGCAGUUAUCUUUGUUUCGGAGCUCGAUGAACUCACUUUCCAAAUGGCCGUGCUUGGAUACGCAGGCUCCCCGACAGAGAAGUUGGCAAAACGGAUCCAGCGAACUCAGUUUCCACAAUCUAAUGUGAAAGGUUGCAGGAAGUAUCUCCACAUCUAUAUAUUCCUUGCCCUCCUGCUAGGUGGAUACGGGUUUCUGUUUUCCAUUCUCCACCUCCAGCGUAGCGACGAGCUACUUCCUCAAUACUUGAAGGUUGAAUUCGGGGACAACGUAGAUCCUACUCUGGGUCUAUAUUCGGGAUGCUAUAGGAUCGUGAAGACUAGCACAUUGGGCAGAGUUUCAUACAUGCAAACGGAACCCCAGAGAGGUCAAGGUCGAUUCCAGUAUUGUAAAGACGGUGAUACUCGAAGUUGGAUCUUCGCACCAGGUGAUUUUGAGAAUGCUUGCUUGGAUCCAUACCUCCGAUCCUCCGAGGAGCGAGCAACGAGCUUUGAUCUACUGGAUGCAAAGGGCGAUCAAUGGUUGUUGCGCGAUGGUACUCCUAUUUCCAAGUUUCAAUUGGUUGAGGUGAACCCGAAUCGAUUCGAGAGUGAAUGUGGGGAUAUUUGGAAUCGUCAAGGCAAGAAAGAGAACCCAUGCCCAAGCCUCACCAUGGAUGCUAGUCUUACAGGUUUUGUGGACAACUAUGACUGGUCAAAGAACUUUGAUAUUUUGACAGAUAAAGAUCAAUUCGUCACAUACUAUCAGCAUCCUGUUUUCAUUGGACAAUUUUCAGAGUCGGAAGGUUACGAGGUUAUCUUUUUCACAGGCCGGCGAUGGGUUCUUACCAGUGCAUUGCGUUUGUUGGCAAAUGCCACAGCAUCUCUGUCUGAUUUUAUUACCCGGUUUCGAUCCAAUGAGCUUUGGCUGCUUUCUCCUUCUGCAACAAAGACAAGACCAUUUGCAUUUGUAAGUGAAGCAGUUGCACAAGCUACAGAUCGGGGUACUCCUUUGGGUCUUCGCUGGUACACUGCUCAAUAUGCUGAAGGUGUUGAUUUUGCGAUUGCUGAUAUUGGCCGUCCGAGUGAUGCACUACUGCGUUGUGGAAACUGUGAUGCUGAUACGAAUCCUUGUCGAUACGAGGGCAUUUGCACAAAUGGUAGCUGUGAAUGCUUGCAUGGAGCCAACGGAACGCUGUGUGACAUCAAACCUCUGGGAAACGGUGUUUGUAAUCUGUACUUCAACAAGGAUGUGGAGAAUUAUGACGGCGGCGACUGCUGCGCGGCGACAUGCCAGGGAAGAAAAUGCGAUCUGGUGAUAGACACAGAAUUUGCGUUUGGACACACCCUACCGAAAGCGGGAACGAGUUUUCCCAACUGCAUCGAUCCUACCCUAAAUCCGCUGAAAAUUGAACUGAACUCGACAAUUGAGGACGUUGACGGGAUCUUUGACUUCUAUACCCUUAAGGUAGAAUGUCAAGAUGGAAGGGAGCUGCCAUUAAACGUUUUCCUCGAUCCCAACCCUCAGCUAUCAGAGUUUCCAUCACAGGCGAUCAAAAUUUCAGACACUCUAACACCUUGCGCAUUGUCUUUUUCUGGUAUCCAACUUUGGUCCAAACUGUCAAUCACAUUCCAAAUACUUGAUGACUUUUUUGAUGACGAAAAAGUUGUUGUGAUGAGAAAGGAAAGUGUCACAGCCGAUGAUAUAUUUGAGAUGCCUAUUGUAUACAAUAGGUGUCUCAAAUCGGCACUAAAGGGUGCGAUAGAUCCUACUGAACUUUAUACUCGUUCGUAUCGAGAUAACGCCACUGCUUGGCUUCAUCAAGAGCUAUCUGGAACUGUGGAUUGUGCAAGGGAUGCUAAUGAUGAAAGACUAGUCGAGAGAUACGCCUUGGUAGCCAUGAGCUAUGCUGAAUUAUCGCCACAACGAUGGAUUUCGCCUCGAGAUCAUUGCUUCUGGUCUAGUAGAGUGACAUGCAAGGGUGACAGAAUAUCGUCCUUGGCAUACGAUGGGUACAAUAAUGGAGGGCUAGGUGGACUUUGGGCGGAAGAGUUCACGCUACUUACAAGUCUAGAGACAAUCGACGUGUUUGGGAACAAGGAAAUAGUUGGGACUCUUCCCUCGACAAUUGGACACCUUUCGGCAAUGAGAUCAUUCGUUUUGUCAGAAAAUGCCAUAGCUGGAACCAUCCCUACCGAGGUCGGAAGAAUGGUUGAAACUGAAUUGCUUGGUCUAUGGACCAACAAUUUGGAAGGUACAAUUCCGGUAGAAAUUUCGGCUUUGACAAAACUAACGAAACUCUUUUUCUACAAGAAUUUCUUAACCGGAACAAUUCCUGAAGAGUUAAAGUUGUUGACUCGUUUGGAGAUUUUCAAUGUCUUUGACAACAUGUUAAGUGGCUCGAUCCCAGAUAUAUUCGGUGAAUACUCGUCAUUGGUUGAGUUUGAUUGGAGAACCAAUCGUUUCACAGGAACGAUUCCUGCAUCCUUAGGGAUGCACACCGGGCUCAGUGAUAUCCGUCUCUACGAUAACCUUCUCACGGGUUCCAUCCCCGUUGAAUUUAGCAGACUACAGGAACUGCUAUGGCUCCGACUUGAGAAUAAUCGAAUGUCUGGUGAAAUCGAACCUUCAUUUUUUGCCAACUGGUCCAGUCUUCUCGAUCUGCGUUUGUCAAACCAAUUCUUCAGUGGGCAGCUGCCAACAGAGAUUGGAAGUAUGGUGUCAAUCGAGAAUUUGAGAUUGGACAACAAUGAGUUUGUCGGACCAAUUCCGACUCAGCUUUCGGGCUUUCAAAAUCUGACAAAGCUGUACCUCGACUCAAACUCGUUCACGGGCCUUAUCAAUCCAGAGAUGAUGAACCUGCCGUUGCAAAUCCUGAAACUGCAGAAUAACACUUUCCGUGGUCCCAUUCCCACUGAAGUUGGUUUACUCGACGGCCUAUCCUAUCUGAAUUUGGGAGACAACGUAUUGACUGGAAAAGUACCAAGCGAGAUCGGACUCCUGACGGGCCUGCAAUUCUUGUUUGUCAACAACAAUAGACUAAGCGGGCCACUUCCCAGUGAGAUAUUCCAGUUGACAAAUCUCAGAAGGAUUGAUCUCUCUGGGAACAAUAUCAGUGAGGAAGAAAUAAGCAACCUCAUUUCUGCUCUUGGCUUGGACUUUUCCUGCGAUGAAAUGAUUGUCGAAUUUGUAUUGGCAACUGACGACUGGCCCAACGAUACAACAUGGGAGAUCACCACAAGCGAUGGUACUGUCGCUGCAUCGGGCGGUGGUUAUUCGCUGGAUAGUUAUGCGUAUGAAGAAAAGGUCUGCGUCCCGUUGGAUGCUUGCACGUUUACCAUUCUAGACAAGUUUGAAGAUGGAGGCCCAACUGUGGACAUCACCCGCUUGGGCAAACGGUACCAGAUCUAUGGUGCAUUCGCAGACAAGGUUGUUGUAGAUAUUUGUGAAUAA